CACCUUUUCCGGUAAUACCGACAGCAGCAGCAGCAUUCAACCGGGACUGAAAGAGCAGCCGGAGAGGAAAGAGGGGCGAGAACCGACCCGGGGUGAGAGAGAGGGGGGAUGUUAUUUGAAGGGACAGAAGAGGGAAACUCGUGAUGAAUCAGUGACCUUUGGACUUUUUUACUGGCCCAAUUCCCAUUUGGACUCAUUGAAGACCAAAACUGCUGAUCAGAAGUCUUAAAAAAGGAAUUAAACCGAAUGAACACAAGGAAGUCUGAAUUGAGCAGAAAGGCCUGUUCUAGAUCUAUACAGCUUCAGUUUUAAAGAUCUUAUCAAAGCGUAUUUUGCUGGAUUUUCACAGUUGCUUUUGAUUGUGCACCCUCAGUAGUACGCAGCUCAACUUGCCUACAUAGUGGUUUCUGUUUCCCCUUAUGCAUACUGAACUAGAUUCAUCCCAUGUGAGUCACUGUUGCAUUUUUAAACCAAUGGCUCUUAAGUUCCAUAUCGAAGUCUGAAACGCAACAAAGCAAUAUUUUGUGACUUCUCACAUGCUGCAAGACCAAAUAUCCUUCGAAUUGUUCUCCUGGCGACAAAUAUAAUAUAUGCACAGCCAACAAGAUGGGGAAGAUGCUUUCAAAGAUCUUCGGCAACAAAGAGAUGAGAAUAUUGAUGCUUGGACUUGACGCGGCGGGAAAGACCACGAUCCUUUACAAACUGAAACUGGGACAGUCUGUCACGACCAUCCCGACCGUGGGAUUCAACGUGGAGACUGUCACCUAUAAGAACGUCAAGUUCAAUGUCUGGGACGUCGGCGGUCAGGACAAGAUCCGACCGCUGUGGCGGCAUUACUACACCGGCACCCAGGGACUGAUCUUCGUAGUGGACUGUGCGGAUCGGGACCGGAUCGACGAGGCCAGACAGGAGCUGCAUCGCAUCAUCAACGAUCGCGAAAUGAGGGACGCCAUCAUCCUGAUCUUCGCCAACAAGCAAGACCUUCCCGACGCCAUGAAACCACACGAGAUCCAAGAGAAGCUCGGGCUGACCCGGAUCCGAGAUAGGAAUUGGUACGUCCAGCCGUCCUGCGCCACGACGGGCGAUGGACUCUACGAAGGGCUCACCUGGCUUACAUCUAAUUACAAAUCGUAACUCAUCGAUACGGAAAAGAGUGGCAACUAGAAGCAAUUAAAGAAUAACUUUGGUUUCUCAGAUCUGUCUGUAAAGUUAGAUUUUUUUCUAUUCUUUGAUUUCAUCGAAAUUUAACGCGACUUUUCUUUCUGACGGCCAUUCUUUUUUCGGCUCGCUCGUAAUUCACUUCGAAUGUUUAAGCGUCUUCGAAUAUUCCUUAUACUGCUAAAUUCAUGUUCUUCUUCUUCAGUAUUUUUGUCUGUUUCUCAGUAAAAUUGUUUGAAACAUACGAUAGUAAGACUUGAAUUCAAGCUAUUUUAUUACACCAUUGGCAAACUGACUAAACAUAAUUAUAUUUAUGUUUAUAAAGAAAAAUAAACCAUAUAUGACCAUAUAUAUUCUCUGAAAUCAAGCCUUGUUAUCUAUUCAAUGCGCCUGCAUCUUAUUUUAAAGGAAUAUUUUGCGGUUCAAUAUAAAUUGAGCUCAAUCGACAGCAUUUGUGGCAUAAUGUAGAUUACCAAAAACAUUAAUAAUUUCGACUCGUCUCUUGUUUUCUCAGUAAUAGCGAAAAAUCUCAGUAAUAGCGAGACACUUGCAAUGGAAGUCAACGUUAAAAUACUCACGUUUCAAAAGUAUAGAUGCAAGAUGUAAACAAUAUGUAUGUUAACAUGAUUUUAGCGUGAUUAAAUCUCUUACUAUCCGCAGCCGUGUGACGUUACAGACAAUUUUACUACUUCAUUGCGACGUAACGCCUUGAACUUUUAAACCCUAAAACGGCGAUUUAAGCAACUUAACAGUUCAAAUAAUCUGCACGAAUAACAAUUAUAAGAUUCACAUUUCUGUCUUUUAAAACCUACAAUGAUUGACUUCCAUUGUAAGUGUCUCACGGUAACCUCAGUUGUUUAAAGAAAGUUACGGUUACAUUUACAAAUUAAAAAUGUGUAAUAUUGUGUCGCAUAUGCUGUCGAUUGAGCUGAACUUGUAUUGAACUUUUUAGACAUUGUUACUGGAAAACAAUACAUUAAUACUGAAAGAUAAUGAUUAUAUGCGGUUUAAUUGUUAUUUCAGUUAGGUGAAGAUUUGACCCUUGAUUGACAUGGAAACGGUUUUUGUUUAUUAUGAUUAUUUGUCUGAAGAUCCAGUUAUUAGUCCAUUAAAUGGCAGCUUAUUUGUGUACCUCCGUGCCAUCACGUAUAAUGAAUGUAAAGAGAAUAUCCACAGUACAGAGCGUUCAGAUGAACACAAACAUGCAGAAUUUCAUCAACAACAACAGAAAUAUUUUUCCAUGAAGAUAAUUCACGUUUUGUUUUUGUCAGUAAGAUUCCAUUUCAACUUCGCAUUCACACUGUUUUGGGCUUUGUUUGAUGAGACAAACCAGAGGUGCUGCACAAAAACGACAUUAUGUACCCCUAAACAAGGAGAUUGACUCAAAACGGUCCUUUGAAUUAGUAUGCACUUGAGUGCAUCCGACCACAUUAACCCGUCUCCAUUAUGGUUCUGGUACCAGCUCUCCAACUGUAUCCAUACACCGCACAAAUCACAGCGAGCCUCCUGUUCUCGGACUAAAUUAAGGCUAAAUGCUUUUGUUUUAUUUUGACUUGUUAUGCUGAGAAAUAAUAAAAUCUAUAUAUAUAUCCAGUGCAAUGUGAUUGAAUCUUCUUGACGAGGUAUAGUGAACCAGAACGGCACAUGUACGUUGUAUAUUUUGAAUGUGACGGUGUGUCUGGGUUUAGGAGCCGGAGGUCAGGACAGAGCUGGUCAGUUUGUGAUUAUAUAUCUGACCCUUUGAAGUGAAUAAGUGAUGACGUCUUUGGUUUCAGGGUCAAAUGAUCACGUGCUUCCAUUUUCACUCGCUCUGCGCACACACGCUGAGCACGUGUGAGAAAUAGUUUUAUAUAAAUGUGAGUUCGGCACUUCCUGUGUCAGUAUUGUUUGAUGUUUUACUGUAACUUCAGGUUUUCCAGUACAACAGGAGAACACGAGUAAAGAUGCACAAGUGUUUUCCAAUCGCCAAUGAUUUUGUAGCUUUUACUUGAAUGUUUAAUGCAUACUUUGCUGAAUCUCACAAAAACAUCCAGAUCAUUUUUCACCCAAAAAUCAAAAGAAAGCAGCUUGAAAAUAGAUUUUGGAUAGCAGAAAUAUAUUUUUGAUUUGUGACUAGAGGUCGACCGAUAGUGGAUUUUGCCGAUACCGAUUAAUCGGUCGGUAGUUUUUAAAAUCAAUUUAUAAAACGUCAACAAAAAAAGUUUUUUUUCUCUACUAUGGUGGCUAAAGACAAAGAGUCCAAAAUGCAUGAAAUUCCAGAUGCGUUUUUUUUUUUAUUCAAGCAAAAUCUCAUUAAUAAACAAAAUAAAUGAAGAUUUGGUGCAGAACUUUUAAGGAUGAACGAGCCCGAAACACAACAGAGACUUUUAUUUUGAAAUUUCGCCGUUUUUGCCAAUAACCGAUAGUUACAAAUAGCAAUUAUCGGCCCAAUUAAUUGAUAAAUCGAGCAAAAAUCUCAGUAAUAGCGAGACACUUGCAAUGGAAGUCGUUAAAAUACUCACGUUUCAAAAGUAUAGACGCAAGCAAUAUUUGUUAACAUGAUUUUAGCAUGAUUAAAUCUCUUACUAACCGCAGCCGUGUGACGUUACAGACAAUUUUACAACUUCAUUGUCAUAGCUACGUAACGCCUUUAAAUUUUAAACCCUAAAACGGCGAUUUAAGCAACUUUACAGCUCAAAUAAUCUGCACGAAUAACAAGUGCUUUUAUACAAUUAUAAGAUUUGCAUUUCUGUCUUUUACAAUGGAAGUCAAUCUUUGGAGGUUUUAAGUGUGUCACGGUAAUCUCAAUUGUUUAAAGAAAGUCCGAAACACACCAGAGAUUUUUAUUUUGAAAUUUCGAAAAAUCGUAUGGCAACUUUCACCAUUUUUGCCAAUAACCGAUUCUAAAAAGCAACUAUCGGCACUGAUUAAUUGAUAUACC